UCUCUCUCUCACCUGUAGUUGUUCAAACAUCCAUAAAUUAACAAGAUCUGUCUCUUUUUUCUUGUUUCCCGUUUCUGUUUUCAAGUUUCUGUCUUUGGGUGUUUGUUGUUUUGUUUUGUCAAGGUCUUAGAAAUGGCUGUUUCAGGGUUUGAAGGGUUUGAGAAGCGCCUAGAGCUCCAUUUCUUUGGAGAUGAUCCAGUGAAUAUUGACAAUAUGGGGCUUAGGCUGCUUGAUUUCGAAUCACUCGAGCAAGUUUUACAUGCUGUCCAAUGCACUGUUGUAUCAGCUGUUGGGAACCAUUUCUUUGAUGCUUACGUGUUAUCAGAAUCAAGUCUGUUUGUUUACCCUACCAAGAUCAUCAUCAAAACCUGUGGAACCACCCAACUCCUCAAAUCAAUCGGUCCAUUGAUCCAUUUUGCAAACAAUCUUGGCCUCACUAUAUGCGGGUGUAGGUACACGAGGGGCAGCUUCAUUUUCCCCAAAUCACAACCUUUCCCUCACACCAACUUCAAAGAAGAAGUCAUUUACAUUGAAGAAAACCUCCCCAACAAUCUUUGCCAUAGAAAAGCCUCCGUUUUGCCUUCGAAACUCCCUUCUUAUUCAUGGCACGUUUUCACAGCCAGUGACCAAACUCACCUGCCACAAUUUGCCUUGAAAUCCCCCGACGUUAUGUUCACUGUCGAAGUUUGCAUGACCGAACUCGACCGCUAUCUAGCACGUAAGUUCUUCAAAAAAGCUGGAGAUAGCAAAACAGGGGACUCAGCUGGCAAAGAAAUGACAGAGCUAACAGGCAUCGACAACAUCAACCCUGGCGCCUUCAUUUGCGACUUUGCAUUUGACCCCUGCGGCUACUCCAUGAAUGGCAUUGAUGGUGAUCGUUACUCAACAAUCCAUGUCACCCCUGAAGAUGGCUACAGCUACGCUAGCUUCGAGUGCGUGGGGUCCAUUUACGACGACCAAGAUGACACUGUUGAAACCCUGAAGAAAGCAGUUCAAGUUUUCAAACCAGCAACAGUUUCAGUUUCGACAACAAGCAAUAGCCAUGAAGUUUGGACAAGGGUGGCACAUGCUUUGGAGCCACUGGGACUCAAAUGCCGGAGCUGUGCAAUGGACGAGUUCCCCACCGCCGGUACCAUCGUUUUCCAAACGUUCACCGCGGCUCGCCGUAAAUAAGCCGGAGAAAGAAAACCCAAAACAAAAGGUAGAUAAAAUCAGAGAAGUAGAGAGGUUAGUUGGAGAAAAUUUUAAUUGGAGGAAAAUCAAAGGAUAAAAAUAUGAUGACGUGGAGGAAUUUUAUUGGUUGAAAAGAGUGAUGAAUGUGGUGUUGACUCA